AUGCCUACAGCAAAGAAGACCCUGACGUUCUUAUCGAGCUUUCUCACAAGCUUUGGGGCGUUCAUCGUAGUCUGCGCUAUGCUUGGGACCCAAGAAUGGGUCAGCAGCAGAAUCGCCGUCAGCGACUCAUCUUCAAACGGUAGUCUCAUUAUCGUCUACGGACUCUUUCGUGGGAACGGUCAUCAGGAAUUCAGUCAUGGACUUGAGGAGUCAAAGAAGGGCUUUGGAGUUCUAGAGAAAUUGAACAGUUCUUCCCAAAGAACGCUGCAUUUGGUGGUUAUCCUGGUCCUGGUCCUCAGCCUGUGCACGUUGCUCUUCAGCUCUGGGCUCACCUUCUACAACAGCAUCAGCAACCCCUAUCAGACGUUCUUGGGGCCCGUGGGCGUGUACACCGGGAGUGGACUUGGUGCUUUCUUCGUUUUCGUGGCCAUGAUACUGUUCGUGGGGAACACGCAAUCCAACCAUCUCUCGGAAGACCUGGCCCAGACGCUGUACCCGUUGUACCCCGCGGCCGCCUACGGGGGAACGACCCACAGCUACGGGUACUCGUUCUGGCUCACGCUGCUCGUCCUUCUUCUAAGUACUGUCUCCACGGUCAUCGUCAUUUUCUACCAGAAGGCCAGAUACCAGCGAAAGCAGGAGCAGAGAAAGCCCAUGGAAUGUGCUCCAAGAGAUGGAAUUUUAUUCUGA